GGAGGCCACCAGAGAUAAUCACCCUCUGUCACUUCGUCUCACUUGUUCUGACAUAAGCGCUUUUACAAUGUCUUCUGAUGCGAUUGCUUUGCCCCUGACGACUCCGGCCAAAUCUCCCAAGAAGAGAGCCAAGUCCCAGAGGAGGAAGACGACUCCUUCAGUGUCAGACCUGAUCCUGAAGGCCGCAUCCGCAUCCACAGAGCGCGGAGGUAUCUCCUUGGUAGCCCUGAAGAAGGCCCUGAAGGCCGGGGGAUACGAUGUGGUGAAGAACAGAGCCAGAAUCCUCAUCGCCAUCAAGCGCCUGGUGGCUAAUAAAUCUUUGGUUCAAACAAAAGGGACCGGGGCAUCGGGCUCCUUCAAGGUGAACAAGAAGCCCCCCACACCUCGAAAGAAGAAGGUGCUGAAAAAGAAGCCCAAAGCGAAAAGGGUCAAGAAAACCAGAGGAAAGAAAACAGCAGGAGAUGUCACUCCAGCAGCCAAGAAAUCGCCAAAGAAAAAGAGGAAGGCAAAGAGUCCGAAGAAACCCAAGAGGCCAGCGGUGGCCAAGAAACCCAAGAAGCCAAAGAGCCCUAAGAAGGUCAAACGCAGGGUCACCAAGUCUGCCAGGACCAGAGCUGCUGCUAAGAAGUGAAAACUCUCCUAAUGAACGCUGAAUGGGACUAAAACACCGUUUUGGUGGCGUUAAUUUUACUUGUGGACUAAAACUUCUGCAUUCAUUCCAAGAACUUGAAUUUGCUUUAGCUAUUUUGAAGUUUUACUAUAGCAAAAACAGAAUGAUAGUUUAGAAAGCAAUAGAUGAUAAUGAACUGGCUUUUUCAUCCACCUGUUGUGGUGCGUAAAUGAUUUCAUUUCAAUUGUUGAAACUAAUAAACGUAUUUUAAUUUA